AUGGAAUACAUUAAUGCUGAUGAAAGAGUCUAUCUUAGUUCGGACUCAUUGUGUGCUGAAGAGGGCAACAUGGAAUAUGAGAUGGAUGCUAUCACAACUGAUGUGUUGAAUUCGAUAAAUUGCUCAGGCUUGCCUAGCCACCAGUUGAAACUCAAAGUUGGUGUACCUGUUAUGCUAUUGAGGAAUAUAGACCAAAGCAAUGGACUUUGUAAUGGUACUCGAUUACAGGUUCGAAGAUUAGGUAAUCAUGUCAUUGAAUGCAAUAUCUUGACAGGUGACAAGUGUGGCGAAAUAGUUCUGAUUUCACGGAUGAAUAUGGUGCCUAACAAUAAAACACUUCCAUUCAGGUUCCAACGUAGACAGUUUCCUCUUAUAGUCUCCCUUGCAAUGACCAUCAAUAAAUCUCAAGGUUACACCUAG